AUGACAUCGCAUCUAAUUCCGCUGUUUUUUGUGAGUUCUUCAUUGGUUUUCUAUUCAUGUUGUUUUGAAAUUAUCCACUGUUUGCAAAAAUAAAUGUUUCAAGUGAUCUCACUCCCUAUGAAAGUGCAUUUUUGGAUUUUGUCUCAACUUCUAGUGAAAAUGAAAAGUCAUGAAUUUUCGCAAUAACAUAGAAAUUUACUGAAUCUUUUUUUUUUGAGAUACCGUACUCCAAAGAAAAAUCUUUCUUACCUUGAAAAACUGGAGAAAAAAUUAAAAACCUUUUUUGUUUCUUUUCUGACUGGGAGGGUGUUUUGAACUGAAGUGCUGAAACGUUAAUGUUAUAGAAAGAACCAAAACAAAACUAUUUUCCACGGUUUUGUGAGGGAACUUCUCAAUUUUUGAAUAGGAAACUAUGGAUCCAUGUAAUCUGAAAACAUUACAAAGCUGAGAUAUGAGACUUUCUCAAAAUUAUAAAGUUAAGAUACAAUUCCUUAUCUGUGAAUGUUUACAGCGCUUGUGUUGCCUUUCUCUAAUCUUUGUCCACAUCGAAGCAAGCGCCGAAGAAUACCGACUUCUCUCCGAUUUACGUCGAAACUAUGAUCCCUAUGAACGGCCCGUGGCAAAUUCAAGUGAACCUCUGGUUGUUUCUGUAAAAAUUUAUCUGCAGCAAAUUUUGGACGUGGUUUGACAGUUUUUUCGUGUCGUUUAACCUUGAAAACUUCAUUAAGGAUGAAAAAAAUCAGGUGAUAACUUUGGUGGCGUGGGUGGAAUACCAAUGGACGGACUAUAAAUUGAAAUGGGAUCCAUCCGAGUACGGUGGUAUAAAAGACAUACGUUUUCCCGGUAACGCAAACGAAAUUUGGAAGCCGGAUGUGUUACUUUAUAACAGGUGGGACACAAUUUUCGCUUCUGAGAGAUUCUUAACGGCCGCCUUCUGAAUAAUUUUGAUCAAUACGUUUCUCAAUUUCUAGUUGCAUCUCCCUUAAAAGGACGAUGACCUUUAGAAAAUCAGCCUCACCUUUUUUGCAUUACCUGCGCAAAGUAAAUAACACUUAUUUUUUCAGAAAUGCGUGAAUUUCAAGAAUUUUUGAGUAAACGGGCAAAAAAUGGCAAAAAAUAAACAUUUAGCAUUUGUACUUCAAACUCAUUUUUCAGGCCAAAUUUCUUAAAAAAAUCAAAAUGCAAUCUGAAGCCGAAUGAUAAAAACUUGCAGCUUUAAUUUUUUUUUUAAAUCGUAUGACAAGAGAGUCAUCUCACUCUGCGGUUAGGAUUUUCCUGAAAACUAGUCAGAAUUUUUCUUGAAGUACCAGAAGAAGGUUCUGAGUGUUUCCAGCUACGCAGCUUCUCAGUUUGGAGAUAAGAAAUCUCAAAGUCGAAGAAAACCCUCAAAAUCGAUUAAAAUAGGCUAUUUGGAGACUUUCGGUAGUUAAUUCUGGAAAACUGACGAAUUAAUAAGCAGGUUGAGAAUUCGAAAUCUUCAACAUCAAGGACUGUUCUGGCCCAUUUUCAAUAAAUUCCCAGCCGCAAAGUAUAAAGACCUCCCUUGUAAAAAUUAUUUUUUCAGCGCCGAUGAAAAUUUCGACUCUACUUAUCCAGUGAAUUUCGUAGUGAGUUACACCGGACACGUAUUACAAGUGCCUCCCGGUAUUCUGAAACUCUCGUGCAAGAUCGACAUCACCUAUUUUCCAUUCGACGACCAAAUGUGCCAUUUGAAGGUUCACGUUUCGUGUUGUAAUGGUUAUUCAAUUGUUUGGCGGGUGUGCAACGAGGAAAUCUCUUAAACCGCUCUUUUGAAUUAUGGGGGUUUACCAGAAAGCACGGGUAGUCGCUAUCGCUCACUACAUCUUCUAAUCCUCCACUUAUUGCAAAUUCGGACGCUUUUUGCACACCCUGAAAAAAUAUUAGAUGCGAGUCGUCGAGCAAAACAAUUAUAGAAGCUCUUUCCAAGAAUUCGAAGCUGUUUUUCCGUAUGCAUUCUCCAAAAAGUUGAAAAAAAGAUUUUUCGGUCGUGGUUCAUAGAUUUUUAUGGAUUAGUAUUUUUGAAUUAACUCAGAUUUUUGAUUCGAUACGAAAGAUUUAUUCAUGAGGAUUUUUUUCAUCUUCUGACAAAAAUUUUUCGAAAAGUUCGGAAUGUUAAAAAUAUAUCUUUAACAAAAAAAUCAAAAUGUACUUCUUAGUGAAACCCGGAAAAAGGGAACUUUUCGUUGGUUUUUUGGGGCACCCCGCGUUGGACCUGGAUGGCGCGCACCCCUGGGGCAACCGGUGGAUAAUAAAUUUAUUUUUUUGAACUACCGUUUUUUUGAGCUAAAAGGUAAACGGGGUGCACCGCAACUUUUUUUUAGAGGUCGUAGCAAAUUUUUCAAAUAAUACUAUAGUGCUACAAUUUCCGUUUCCUGUUGAAUUUUUUUCCAUGAAAGUUUGUUUUUUUCUCGGUGUUAGUGGCCUAUUGCCUAGUGAAUAACCUUUUUUUCAAAUAUUUUCUUUGAAGAAAUUCAAGAAUUAGCUAUAACUCUUCUCGACUGUGUUUUUAAUUUGAAAAAAAUUGUGAAGAUUUUUUUGUGAUUGCAGAAUUCAGGUGUUAUGAGAUUUUUUUCUAAUUUUUGAAAAAAAUGAAAUUAUCAAUUGCUCCCGGGGUUUUUUUGUAUUUUUUUCUGCAUUUUUUUCCAACGCCGACAUUACACAGUUCCAUGUUCCUGCAAUCUCAACUUCUCAUUCAGUUCGGAUCGUGGACCUACAGUGGGAACUUCAUCGAUUUGAGAAUCAACGGACCAGAUGGUCAGAAUGUUUCGGAACAGGGAAUCGAUAUCCAGUAUUAUGUGCAGAAUGGAGAAUGGAACUUGUUGGGUAAGUACAAAUCGAGUUGAACGAACUUCAGAGAAGCAAUUACAGCUGUGCCAGCCAGGAAUGAGACCAACGUCUUCGAUGACGAACCAUAUCCCUCGCUCUACUUUUAUCUAAUUAUUCAAAGACGAACGCUUUACUACGGUAAGACGAGAUUCGAAAGCUGCAAACUUCAGUUUGAUGUUCAGGACUCAACCUGAUCAUUCCUUCUCUCCUUAUAUCGCUGAUGACCGUUCUUGGUUUCACGUUGCCUCCAGACGCAGGAGAAAAAAUUACUUUGGGUGAUCAUUAUUUCCAUGAAAGAAUUUGUUUCAAAGUCAUUAUCUAAAUUAUCCAGUGUCUUGUAACACUUACGAAUGAAAUGCGGUUGCGAUGCGGAAUACACGUGCAGACCCGCCACUCUUAUGUCCUCCAAUGCGUGGCAAAAUCGCUCUUUGAUCAGGAGAACUUUGAUCAUGACCGAUUAUCAGCUUUUACGCAUUGAGACAUUUUGCAUGUGAAUAUGAUUGAGCCAAUCAAACAGAUAAAAAGCAAAAUCGAGAAAAAUUAAUCAACUCAUAAAAGAGAAGAACGAAAAGGAAAUUAUUCCAGAACAAAAAGAUCACUUGACGAAAAUUCCUAACUGGCUUUUUAAAGUUUUUUUGGUUGAAAAUUAUUUUCUCAUCUUUAUAAUGUACAGAUCCAAGAAAAAACCGUAUCUCAGAGUCAAAAGAUUUUUAAGUUUUAUCAUUCAGAGAUCACAAUUCUCCUCUCAGUUUGCUUCUUUUUGAGUAUGGUCGCCGACAUGACUCCACCGACUUCCGAAGCGGUCCCUUUGAUAGGUUUGAUUUUCCACAUUCCGGUUUCAAAUGGCAAGUUCAACAUGCAGGAGCUUUUUUCUCUUGUUGUAUGCUCGUAGUCUCCGCCUCAGUUGUGUUCACAGUGCUAGUUCUGAAUUUGCACAACCGGAAGCCCGAAACUCAUGAAAUGAGCCCGUUCGUAAGUUAAUCAUCAAACUUUUUGGAAGUCGUAAAGAAUCUUUAGCUUCGAGAAUGUUUGUUGAUCUGGCUUCCUUGGCUUUUGAUGAUGCGGAGGCCUGGGACAACUCUUUUCAAUCGAAACUUGAUCAAGGUAGAUUUAGAGAUUCAAAGGUGCCAACUGAGUUUCAGUUAAAUUACAAAUUGAAUUUGCCGUUUAUUCAAAUAUUUUAUACAUCUUUAACUUUUUUGUUUCGAAAUAUUUUUUUCAUUCAACAGAAGAAAUUCAGGCGGAGAAAGCGGAAGAAAAAGCUAGGAAAGGUAAUAAAAUCGAGAAAUCAAAUGGUCAACCAGCAAAAAUCCACGCUUCGAAUAGCAUGUCCCUGAUGCAAAACAUUCGAGCGAAAAAGGGACAGUUUUCCAUUGACAUAGAGGACGGUGGGUAUUUUGUUUCCUCGUAAUGCCUAUUUUUAAAACUAAGCCUGAUUUCUUUAAACUACUGUUAUGUUUGAGAAGCCAAGUUUUUGAGACGUUUGAACAAAUUUCGAUUUUUCAAUAGUGGCCCUGAGAUUUUUCUCAAAUCCUUUUCCAAAUGGAUAAAUGUCACAUUUAUCUUAUAUCAACGUAUUUUUUCCAGAAAACCAUGCUAACUCGCACAAUUAUCUCCUUCCUAACUAUACGAGUGUUUCUCCACGAUAUAUGUACUCAAAGAUGGAAGGCGAAAGCGAAAUGGAACAACGUGAGAUUGUCGACUUUUUCGAAUCAGUUCCGUUUUUCAGCAACUGGAGUCAUCCAUGAGAUGAACAAGUAUAUGCAAAAAGCUUGCCUGGAACUGAAGAAUAUUUCUGCUCAAAUAAAAGUGAUGCGUCGCCGGAUGGAAGAAGACGAAAGAGUUUUCUUGUUUUUCUCGUUAGACUCUUCAUUCAUUAAUUGAGGACGAACAAGCAGCAAACGAUUGGAAAUUUGCAGCGAUGGUAGUCGACAGAAUGUGCCUUUUUACUUUCACUCUUUUUAUUGUAUUCAGUACUUGCGGAAUAAUGUUUAGCUCACCACAUUUGAUUGCUUAA